AUGAUUGAACACAACAACUCACAAAAUUCCAGUAUGGAUGAACCAAUGAAUUCAUUACACAGACCAAGUCCCAAAUUGAUCUCACCAAAUGCAUCUGGAGAAAAUCGUUCAGAAUUAAUAUUCAAUGAUUUAUUAUCACCUGUAACUCAUUUAUCAACAGAUUCAAGUAAUACUUCAGAAGGUACUCCAUCAGAUCAAAAUUUUUAUGAUUAUUUAUUAGGGUCAGCCACAAAAAAAAAUUCACAUAUAACAAAAGAUUUAUUUGAAGUUUUCAACUUUAGUAAUCAAAAUUCAGUUUUAGCUGAUGCUUCACGUGAAGUUAUCCCUGAUUAUACCCUUUUAUCAAACAUUUCAAGUGAUUUAUAUAGAGGUUUUAAUAAAAAAACUAAAAGAAGUGUCUUGGUUAAAUAUACUUCAUAUGUCUCCGCGGGUUCGAUUUCAAGAUUUUUCAAUGAAUGGUAUUCAUUAUCCGGUUUAAACGUUAGUAAUGAUCAACAAACAACAAAUCCAAAGGAAAAGAUACCUAAAACACUACCCAAUGAUAUAGAAGGAAUCUUAUAUCCAUAUGAUUUCAUUACAUUAAAAGAUAAUGAAGGUUAUGUGAUGGUUUAUGAAGAUAUUUUGAAUUUAAAAUCAUUAAAAGAAAUAUUUGUUGUUAAUGGUGAUAAUGAUCAAAAUAGAAUUUUGAAUACAAUUCUAAAAACUUUAGAAGUUUUGAAAAAAAUUCAUCAAUCUGGUUUCACUCAUAAUGGUCUUACAGCUUCAAAUAUUCUUGUUAAUGAUAUGGGUGAAGUUUAUAUAACUGGUUGGGAUUUUUGUUUCCCUUAUGCAACUGAAGAUUGUACAAGAGGUUAUAGAACUUUAAAUAAGAGAUAUUUGAUUGAUUGGCUACCUUAUAUGGCACCUGAAGUUAGUGGUGAAAUUAAUAGAUUAGCAGAUUAUAGAGCUGAUUUUUAUAGUAUAGGUAUUAUUUUAUAUCAAUUAUUGAUUGGGUUUUUACCAUUCAUUGCAUCAGAUGGAAGAGAAUUAAUUAAUAAACAUAUUAGAGAUUUCCCUGAAGCACCUGAAGUUGCCGGUGUGGAUAAAUUCUUAAGUGAUGUUAUUAUGAUUCUUUUAUCUAAAAAUGCAUCUGAUAGAUAUCAAAGUUGUGAUUAUUUAGCUGAUGAUUUACAAUAUGUUCUCACUGGAAAGGAAUUUGAUCAAGAAUUAAUGAAACAAAGACAUUUACCUUUUAAAUUACCAAGAGGUUUAUAUGGUAGAGAUUCAAGUUUGGAGAAAAUUAAACAAUAUUAUAAUAAUAUGGAAAAUGGUAUUCGUCUGUUAUUAAUGACUGGUGAUACAGGAACUGGGAAAACUAAAUUAGUUAAUGAAGUUCAAACUUUUGUUGCAUCAAAUAACCAUUAUUUUGUUCAUUGGAAAUGUUCACCAAGAAUCAAUGGAUUUGGUUGUUAUUUAUCAAUUUUGAAAAGUGUUAUUCAUCAAGUUUUAGCAAGUGCAGAUGCUGACAUCGUAAGAUGUAGAGAGGCAAUUUUAGAUGUUGUUGCAUCAAGUUUAUCACCUUUAUUUGAAUUUAUCCCAGAAUUAAAUGAUUUAUUAGGUCCAAAUUAUGCAAAACAUAUUACAAAUAUAAAUGCAGGUGGUAAAGAUUUAUUACCUCAAAAACCAGAAUUAAGAUUUAAAUAUUUAAUCAAAUCAUUAUUUGCAGCUUUAGGUAAAAGUUUCCCAAUCACUUUAUUUUUCGAUGAUUUCCAAUGGUUUGCAGUAUCAGAUUUAGAUAUGUUGAGAGAAGUUAAUUCAUUAAUAACUAAAGAUAAUUUAGAUUCAAGAUUAGUUAUAUUAGCAACUUUUGAUACUUCACUGGGGAUAAAUUUGAAAAAAUUCAAAAGAAAUAUUGAUUUUGAAGUUGAUGAAAUUCAAAUGCCAAAUUUACCAUUAGAACCAUUUAUUAGAUAUACUAAAGAUUUUAUGGUUCCCAAACAACUGAAUUUACAAGAAGAAAGUGAUCGAAAUUCCAAAAGUGUUAACAUUCAAGUGGAAUGCGUCGCUGAAUUUCUUUAUGAUAAAUCUCAAGGAAAUGCAUUAACUACACUUUUAAUGAUUCAACAAUUACGCCUUGAUGAUGGAAUUAAUUAUGACCCAACUUCAAAUACUUUACCAACUUGGAACGUUGAUUUUGAAAAACUAAAAAGAGUUCCUUAUACAAAUACAGAACUUUAUAGAUCAAGAUUAGAUAAAUAUUUUGAUAAGGAUGAUUUAGAAUUAUUGAAAUACAUUUCUUGUAUUUUUGAUAAAACAAGUUUUUCAUUACAUGAUUUAUCUGUUGUUUCUGAAACAAAAUUAACUACAGUGGCUAAAUUCAUUUCAAAAGCUAUUGAAUAUAAUUUGAUUUAUCCUAUAAAUAUUUUUUAUAAAUUUCCAUUCCAUUUAGAAUCUGAUACAUUACCAUUUAAUAUAGAAGAAGGUGAUAUCAAGGAUUUAUCUAAGUUAGCAUUAUUUUCACCAGUCCAUGAUUCUUUCCACACUUUUUUACAACUUGAAAUUUUAACAGAAGAUGAAGCUAUUCAAUAUCAUAAAAAUUGUGGGUUACGUCUUUUUUAUUCUAGAGAUAAUGAUUUCAUUGAAAGAGAUAUGAAUGGAUGUUUAGAAAUUGCUAAUCAUUUUUCUAAAUCAAGUUCAGCAGCUAUGACAAAAGAAGAAUCUAAUAUUUAUAUUGGUGUCUUGAAAGCUGCUCAGACUUUUUGUUAUAAACUUUUUGAUUUUAUUCCUGCUUUAAAAUUCUUGAAUGUUUCUAAAAAUUUACUUGAGAAUACAUCAGAUAAAAAGGCACUUUAUACAUUACACGUGGAGAUUGUUAAAUGUUCAGUAAUGGUUAAAAACUAUGAAGGAUGUUUAGAUUUCAUUCAAAGACAUUCACAAAGUUUCCAACAGGAUCCUACCAUUGUUUUAUAUACAAUGCGUUGUCUAGAAACUUUAGGAAGAAUUCAUGAAUGUGUUGAAGUUGGUAUUGAUUGUUUAAAGAGAAAAAAUAUUGAUAUUGAAAUUGAUAGUGAUUGGAAUAUUAAAAACAUUGAAGUUUUGAAAAGUUCAUUCCCAACAUCAAUUGCUGCAAUAAAAACUUUAGCUGAUUUACCAAAAGCCAAAAGUAGGAAAGUUACAUUAAUUCAAGAAAUCAUGGCUGAAGUUAUAAUGGCUAUUGUCCCUACUGGUAAAAUUGAUUUAAUUUCUUCACUUGGUUAUACAAUGGUUGCCCAUGCAGUGGAAAAUGGUAGAUCAGGUUUUAUUGCAUUAGCAUUUUUAGCUAUUGCACUUUCAGAGAUUAAAUUUUCAAGAAGUAGAGCACAAGAAUAUGCAAAUUUAGGUAUUAAAUUGUUGAAUGAAAAAGCCGAAUCUUUUGAUUUUGCAAAUCAAGUUUAUUAUGUUUAUUGUUUUACAAUUGGUACAUUUCUUGAGCCUAUUGAAAAACUAUUAAGAUUUCAUGAUAUGACAAUUAUGUCAUAUAGACAUUAUUCAAGUAGAUUUGCUACUGGUUUUGUUAUGACAGUUGCAAUUAAGCCAAUCAUGAAGUUAUUCAAUGGUGAAAAUGUUCAAACUGUUUAUAAUCAUUUAAUGAGAUCUGUUAAUAGAUCUGAAAUGGAAAAUAGUACAAAUUUAUAUUGGUUCAAACAUUCUGCAAGAUUUUUCAGAGCCUUGUUAAAUUUACCUUAUGAUGAUAGAUAUGAUUUACAAAAAGAUCCUGAUUUCAAACUUGAAGAUCAAACUUUACAUUUCAAAUGUUUUUAUCAAGCUUUAGAACUACACAUUGAAUUAAUUAAUGAGAAAAGUGAAAGAAGAGUUAAAGCUACAGAUGAACUGUUUGAUAAAUUUCAAAAAGAUUAUCCAGUUACUAUAUUUUCAAUUCUGACAAUGUCAACAAGGGCGUUUUUAUCAAUUGAUGAUCCACACGUAUCAGAUGAGAUUAAAAGAGAAAUCAUCACUGAUUAUUUGAACUUUCUACAAUUUUGCAGAUCAAAUUCACCCAAAUUAUUCGAAUCUAAAUUACAUUUAUUUGAAGCCGAAUUAUUGAAAUUAGAUGGUGGUUCAGAUUUAGAAGUUUUAGAUGCUUACUCUGAUGCAAUUGAAAAAGCCGAAUCAAUUGGAUUAGCUUAUGAUUUGGGUAAUAUUCAUGAAAGAUGUGGCUCGUGGUUAUAUGGUGUAUCACCCAAUAAAAAAAGAGCUUCAAAACAUUUAAAAGAAUCUGCAAAAUGUUUUCAAAUUUCUGGACACUUGAAGAAAAUUUAUCUUUUGAAAAAACAAUAUCCUGAUGUUUUUGAUAAAGUUGAUUUUGAAGAAUUAGGUGGUAGAGAAAGGAAGAAAAGUGAAGGUAAUAUUCAAUCGUUAAAUUUAUUAUUAUCAACAGUUUUGCAAAAAGAUAGUGAUCAAAUUGAUGAAAUUUUUGAUACUGAUGUUGAAAGUUCAAAUAUUGUUGGUGUUAUAAAAGCUUCAUUAGCAAUUUCUGAAAGUAUUAAAUUUGAUUCAAUUAUUGAAAAUUUAAUAAAACAUACUAUACAAAUUUCUUCUGCUGAAUAUGCAGUGAUGGCAUUAACUAAUGAAAUGGGUGAACUAGAAUAUAAGGCUGUUGGUAGUCCACAAUAUGUUAAUGUUUUACAAUCACAAGAUUCUAAUUUAUUAUUCCCAGACGGAUUAAUUCGUGAAGUUAUUCGCAAUGGUAGAGCACUGAGUAAUUUUGAUAAUUAUUAUAAUUUUGAAAAAAUAUAUAGAUCAGAUUCAUAUUUUUUCCAACAUCAACCAAAAUCAAUGUUAUGUGUUCCAAUUAAAAAUGAAAUUGAAACUUUAGGUGCUUUAUAUUUUGAAUCACAAAAAGAUUCAAAUGUUUUCACAGAGAAAAAAUUAAGUUUACUUUCACUGCUAUGUACACAAGCUGCUUUUGCCUUAGAUAAAGCACGUUUAUAUUCAAGAACAAUGAUGGCUAAAAAAGCUGCUGAAGAUGCAACAGCUGAAAAAGCUACAUUUCUUGCAAAUAUGUCACAUGAAAUUAGAACACCUUUCAAUUCAUUAUUUGCUUGUGCAGGUUUUUUACUUGAUACUAAAUUAGAUGCAAUUCAACAUGAAUAUGUUGAAACUAUUCAAUCGUCUGCAAAAGUUACAUUAAAUAUUAUUGAUGCUAUUUUAACAUUUUCUAAAAUUGAACACGGUUCAUUAUAUUUAGAAAAUUCAUCAUUUUCAUUAAAUGAAUGUAUUGAAAGUGCAAUGCAUUUAAUUGCAGAACAAGCUGUUAAUAAGAAUUUAGAAUUGGCAUUUUUUAAUGAAACUCAAGAAGCAGAUGUUGUCAAAGGUGAUUUAACAAGAUUUAGACAAAUUAUAAUAAAUUUAUUAGGUAAUUCAGUUAAAUUUACACAAAAUGGUUCAAUUAUUGUUAAAAGUACUGCUAAAAAAAUUUCACAAGAUAAUAUUUAUGAAUUUACUAUAAGUAUAAAAGAUACAGGUAUUGGUAUUCCAAAGAAUUCAUAUAAUAAAGUAUUUGGUGCAUUUAGUCAAGUUGAUGGAUCAUCAAGAAGAGUUUAUGGUGGUUCAGGAUUAGGUCUUGCUAUCUCCAAAAAAUUAGUUGAAUUAAUGGGUGGUAAUUUAACAUUUGAAAGUAAUGAAGGUAAAGGUACAACUUUUUUCUUAACAAUUACAUCAGAAGUUUUAGAUAAAAAACAAGCUGAAAAAAUUGAAUUAAAUGGUAAAGCUGUUGUAUUUGAUGAUAGUAAUUAUGGACGUGAAUCAUUAAAAUUAGAAUUAGAACAUUUAACAAAUCUUGAUGUUAGUUUAUUAGGUGAAGUUGAUUCUGAAUUUGCUCAAAAGAAUGAUGUUGUUUUCAUUAAUAUUAAUUAUCAUGAUAAAGUCAAAGAUAAAUCAAUGUUUAAUACAUCAGAUGAUCAUCAUGUUGUUUUGUUAAGUCCAUAUGGAGUAUUAGUUCCUGAAGAUUUACAUGAAAGAGAAUUGCCAAUAUUAUUAUUACCAUUCCAAAGAGCUAAAUUAAAAUCAAUUUUAAAUAAUUUCAAAAUACCUAAAGUUAUAAAUUCACCUGAAAAACCUAAAUUAAAUACAUUAUCAAGUAGUGAAAAAGUUUUAUUAAGUCAAGAAAUUCCAUUAGAAAUUUUAUUAGUUGAAGAUAAUAUGAUUAAUACCAAAGUUGCAUUACAACAUUUGAAAAGAUUAGGAUAUAAAGCAGAUUCAGCGAUUCAUGGAGUUGAUGCAUUGGAGAAAUGUUCUAACAAGAUUGAUUCAACAAGUAAAAAUUAUGAUUUAAUAUUAAUGGAUAUUCAAAUGCCAUUAAAAGAUGGGAUUGAAACUUCAAAAGAUUUAGAAUCAUUAUAUGGAGGUACUAAAUUUUUACCAAAGAUUGUUGCAUUAACUGCAAAUGUUGAGAUGGAAGAUAGAGAUCGUUGUAUUUCAUGUGGAAUGUCAGAUUUUAUAUCAAAACCAAUAUUACCAGAAAAACUUGCAAAAGUUUUACGUACAGCUGCUGGUCAGUGA